UUACAACUUUACAGGUGAUCGAAUUACCCAGAUUGAAGAUCCUCUUCUAGGUUUUGCGUAAAAGGCCCCGGAUAUUUCAAGUGGCCAUUUUGGAAUUACAGUGUUUUUGGGUAAUUUUGCCCCCAAGUUACAUUAAAAUUGGCGAGAAUCAUCUCAAGGGAAUUGAUAGCGAACAGCUCUGCAAAGCUGCUCAAACAGAAACCCGGGCGGUCGUCAGUAUUUUGAUUCAAACGGAUUAUAUAACCGGUUAAAGUGUUUCAGCUGCUGUGUUUUUUUUGUUUUUUGUUUUGCCUCCCCCACCCUCCCCUGCGGUGUUUUCAGCCGAAACCGUGAGACGCGCUGGAUUUGUGCGCCGGGUAGUUUCGGAAGUUUCCAGUUACUGUUUAAAUAUUGCUGAAGUUCCGUGGCAGUUUAUUUUUACCCUUACUAAAACUUUUAGGAAUUUUUGACCUCAGCCCUUUUCAUGUCACAAUGGGACAGCUUCCCUAAAUGAAGACAUUGAAAGAGUACAGUUUUUUUCCUGUUAUCUUUUAUUUACGUGGAAAUUUAAGAUGUUGCGGUUUCCCAGCAGCAUGGUAGUGUUGAGAUAGCUUUGUCUCUAAACGCUGACGCUUAGGAAUGCUCUUCAGAUGUGAAAUUUUCUUUUUGUUUUUGCUUUUUGGCUCAUAAAUUGGAUAUUUCAUCUCGAGUGGAUAAGUACAACACUGACAAGUACAUGGAAUAAUAAAGAAGACGUUAAAAUCUUAAACCCAAGGAACUUGGCUAAUUCUGGAGAUAGCCAUAUGAAAACUUUAAAACUGAAGUAUGGGUAGCUGACUUGAAGUAACUCUAUGUCAAAUAGUCAUAGGUUAAGUAUCUUCAAAGAACUUGGAUUUUAUUUCAGAGGAUACAAAAUAAAAAAACAAACUGGAAAACACAAGGAUAACAGAGAAAAACCCAACACCUUCCUGUGCGGUCCUGUUGGAAUUUGGACUUGCCAUGAGGUGUUGAAGCCUUGUUUCAUUGAGUCGGAGAGACUGGACCUAAAUGGCGCAGCAUGACUUUGCUCCAGCCUGGCUUAAUUUUCCCACUCCACCAUCAUCAACAAAGUCCUCACUGAAUUUUGAGAAGCAUUCUGAAAACUUUUCAUGGACAGAGAGUCGUUAUGAUGUGAAUCGUCGGCGACACAACUCUUCAGAUGGCUUUGAUUGUGGUAUUGGACGUUCCAAUGGAGGUAACUUUGGAAGGAAAGAAAAAAAUGGAUGGCGUACCCAUGGCAGAAAUGGUACUGAAAACAUAAAUCAUCGAGGGGGAUACCAUGGUGGCAGUUCCCGUUCUCGUAGCAGUAUUUUCCAUUCUGGAAAAAGCCAAGGACUACACGAAAACAACAUCCCUGACAAUGAAACAGGGAGGAAAGAAGACAAGAGAGAACGCAAACAGUUUGAGGCCGAGGAUUUUCCGUCUUUAAAUCCUGAAUAUGAGAGAGAACCAAAUCAGAAUAAGUCUUUAGCUGCAGGUGUAUGGGGCCUACACGCCCAGACACACACAUACCCAACCAAAAAAAUCUCCCAAGCUCCUCUCUUAGAGUACCCUCCGAACCCUAACCCUAGAGCUCCACGGAUGCUGGUCAUUAAGAAAGGGAACGCGAAAGACCCGCAGCUCUCUGGGUUCCCAGGAGGAGGAGCUCUCCAGUCACAGCCAGUUAAGAACGGGACUGGUCCCAGUGUUUAUAAAGGGUUAGUCCCUAAGCCUGCUGCUCCACCCACAAAACCUACACAAUGGAAAAGCCAAACUAAAGAAAAUAAAGUUGGGACUUCUUUCUCUCAUGAGUCUGCAUACGGUGUUGGCAACUUCAAUACUUUCAAAUCAACGACCAAGAAUUUCAGUCCGUCAACACCAUCAGUGAAAGAGUGUAACCGCUCGAAUUCCUCUUCACCUGUUGACAAACUUAGUCAGCAGCCCCGACUAACCAAGCUGACGCGAAUGCGCACGGAUAAGAAGAGCGAGUUCCUGAAGGCCCUGAAGAGGGACCGGGUGGAGGAGGAGCACGAGGACGGAAGCCAAGCUGGCUCUGAGAAGGAUGACGACUCCUUUAAUUUGCAUAACAGCAAUAGUGCUCACCAGGACAGAGAUAUAAACCGAAACUUUGAUGAAAACGAAAUUCCUCAAGAGAACGGCAAUGCCUCGGUUAUCUCCCAGCAGAUCAUUCGGUCUUCAACCUUCCCACAAACGGACGUUCUUUCAAGUUCACUUGAGGCAGAACACAGAUUGUUAAAGGAGAUGGGCUGGCAAGAAGACAGUGAAAAUGAUGAAACCUGUGCUCCCUUAACAGAGGAUGAGAUGAGAGAAUUCCAGCUUAUUAGUGAGCAGCUGCAGAAGAAUGGUCUGAGGAAAAAUGGUGUUUUGAAAAACGGCCUGAUCUGUGACUUCAAGUUCGGACCCUGGAAAAACAGCACUUUCCAACCCACGAUCGAGAACGAAGACACGGAGACCAGCAGCAGUGACACGUCGGACGAUGACGACGUGUGACGUCCUGACAGCGCCAGAGGCUUAGGGACCCGUCUCCCACGCAGUUCAGGGUGGACUGUACAGGUGAAGAACUGUAAUUUAUGUAGGAAAAGGCCCCAUUAGAAGAUUUUUGGGGGGACUUCAAUAUGAAGAAAACCAAGAAUGUUGUGUUGGGCUGUGUGGAACAUUUUCUUUGUCAUGGAUGUUGUGGAAAUGAGGACUUUGGUGGACCCAGCAUUGACUCUCCAUCACUGCAGCAUUUCUGACUAGCAAUGUGACGAUGUAACAGAUGAGAUGUUCUCAUUUAAUAAUAAAAAAUUGUGUAAUGUUUUGCAAAGCUUCUGUCUUAAAAUGUCCAGGUCUUAAGAAAAAGGCAGCUUACACUGUUUGCUUGCAGAGUCCUCUCUCUCGUACAGUGGAAACCCUCACGUCCACUCUGCGCCCCGCCCCCCAAAGGACAAUGUAGCAUGUCGGCUAAAACUGGAGCAAAGUGCACUAAAACAUUAAUUCCUGAGCUCAACUGUUGUACUAGUCACCUUUGAAAACAUACUUGCUCUCUAGCCAUUUGUAGUUCCGUAACUAUUACAGGAAAGACUCGCCACACUUUCUUCCAAAUUUUACGAGGUGAUUUUCAAGAGCUUUAUUUGGGUAUGUUGUCAGACCAGGAUUUUCAGAGUUGAUGGAAAAGAGUUGUUGUGGGAAAACCUAUUUUGAUAAAUUAUUACACGUGCAGAAAACUGAUCACACUGACUGGCUCUGUCCACACAUGGAAAUAAACUGGAUUUUCAGAA